AUGACUGAAAAAUCCAAUGGUGUGAAGAGUGCUACAGCCAAUAACCAUCAUGAACCCCCUGCCAUCAAGGCCAAUGGCAAAGAUGACUGCAGGACCAGUAGCAGGCCACAGUCUGCGGCUGAUGAUGAUACCUCCUCUGAAUUGCAGAGGCUGGCGGAGAUGGACACCCCACGACGGGGAAGGGGUGGCUUCCGAAGGAUCGUCCGCCUGGUGGGGGUCAUCAGAGAUUGGGCCAACAGGAAUUUCAGGGAGGAGGAAGCAAGGCCUGAUUCAUUCCUCGAGCGCUUCCGUGGGCCUGAACUCCAGACCGUGACGACACAGCAGGGGGAUGGCAAAGGCGACAAAGACGGCGAGGGAAAGGGCACCAAAAAGAAAUUUGAACUAUUUGUCUUGGACCCAGCUGGGGACUGGUAUUACCGCUGGCUCUUUGUCAUUGCCAUGCCUGUCCUGUACAACUGGUGCCUGCUGGUGGCCAGAGCCUGCUUCAGUGACCUACAGAGAGGUUACUUCCUGGUGUGGCUGGUGCUGGACUACUUCUCAGAUCUGGUUUACAUUGCAGACCUUUUCAUCCGAUUACGCACAGGUUUCCUAGAGCAGGGGCUGCUGGUCAAAGAUACCAAGAAACUGCGAGACAACUACAUCCACACCCUGCAAUUCAAGCUGGAUGUGGCUUCCAUCAUCCCCACAGACCUCAUCUAUUUUGCUGUGGGCAUCCAUAGUCCUGAGGUGCGCUUCAACCGCCUACUGCACUUUGCCCGUAUGUUUGAGUUCUUUGAUCGCACUGAGACUCGCACCAGCUACCCCAACAUCUUUCGUAUCAGCAACCUGGUGCUCUACAUUUUGGUCAUCAUCCACUGGAAUGCUUGCAUCUACUAUGCCAUCUCCAAGUCCAUUGGCUUUGGGGUUGACACCUGGGUCUACCCCAAUAUCACUGACCCUGAAUAUGGCUACCUGGCUAGGGAAUACAUCUACUGUCUUUACUGGUCUACACUGACCCUCACCACCAUUGGGGAGACACCUCCCCCUGUAAAGGAUGAGGAGUACUUAUUUGUCAUCUUUGACUUCCUGAUUGGUGUCCUCAUCUUCGCCACCAUCGUGGGAAAUGUGGGCUCCAUGAUCUCCAACAUGAAUGCCACCAGGGCAGAGUUCCAGGCCAAGAUUGAUGCUGUCAAACACUACAUGCAGUUCCGCAAGGUCAGCAAGGAGAUGGAAGCCAAGGUCAUUAAGUGGUUUGACUACCUGUGGACCAAUAAGAAGUCAGUGGAUGAACGGGAAGUUCUCAAGAAUCUGCCAGCUAAGCUCAGGGCUGAGAUAGCCAUCAAUGUCCACCUUUCCACACUCAAGAAAGUGCGCAUCUUCCAGGAUUGUGAGGCUGGCCUGCUGGUAGAGCUGGUACUGAAGCUUCGCCCUCAGGUCUUCAGCCCCGGGGAUUACAUUUGCCGUAAAGGGGAUAUUGGCAAGGAGAUGUACAUCAUCAAGGAGGGCAAGUUAGCGGUGGUGGCUGAUGAUGGUGUGACUCAGUAUGCUCUACUAUCUGCUGGGAGCUGCUUUGGAGAGAUCAGUAUCCUUAACAUUAAGGGCAGCAAAAUGGGCAAUCGGCGCACUGCCAAUAUCCGCAGCCUGGGCUACUCAGAUCUCUUUUGCUUGUCCAAGGAUGAUCUCAUGGAAGCUGUGACUGAGUACCCUGAUGCCAAGAAGGUUUUGGAGGAGAGAGGUCGGGAGAUCCUGAUGAAGGAGGGGCUGCUGGAUGAGAAUGAGGUGGCAGCCAGCAUGGAGAUGGAUGUGCAGGAAAAGCUAGAGCAACUGGAGACCAACAUGGAGACCUUGUAUACUCGCUUUGCCCGCCUGCUGGCUGAGUACACGGGGGCCCAGCAGAAGCUCAAGCAGCGCAUCACAGUUCUGGAGACCAAGAUGAAACAAAAUGAGGAGGAUUACCUGUCAGAUGGCGUGACCAGCCCAGAGCCAGCUACUGCUGAGGAGCCAUGA